AUGAUUUCUCAGCUUUUGCUUUAUUUUUGUCUUCUGCCAUCCAUUUUCAGUUUGAACAUCGGAUUGUUCAGCAGUCCGUUUAACUCUCAACAGAUCAAAAAUGCUAUUCAGUUAAGUAAUCUAUUUGUCAGUCAACAUCAUGUUACUUUGAUACGUCCAAAUCCCACAUGCAAAAGCAGCCUACAUGUACCUUCUGAGAAAGUUCACCAGAUUUUUUUGAACGUCACUGGUGUUGCCUGUACGAGGGACUUCAAGCCUUUCACACAUAGGAAACUACAUAAAUUCUCAGAAUUUUCUGAUAUUGUGGCAGAAAACAGGAUUUUCAAAGAUGCCAGUCUGCAAAUUUGUAAAGAAAUGCUCAAGAACGACAAACUCAUUAAAGACAUCUCAGCAAGAAAGCUAGACUUGGCAAUACUGAGUGAUGUAGACUACUGUCUGCUUGGAGUUAUCAAGAAAGCUGGCAUCCUUAAAUGGGCUUUAGCUGAACCAGGAGUUCCUUCCAGUAACAUCUUGAUUGAAAACGGGAUCACACCAGCUAGUGAAGGCCUUGUGGAAAAAUUCCAGCAAAUAUUCAUUGGAGCAUUCAACUAUCUGAGUGAAUGGUGGUUUUUGCACAGUUCAUUGACUGAGCUCUUCCAGCAGCAAUACAGCGACGACUUUCCUUCAAUAGCAACACUUCGUCAUCAGAUAACAACGAUUAUAAGCGGAGCUCAGCCUAUACUACACAAUGAUUUAUCGUUUAACAAUCGAAUUCAUUUUAUGAACAACUCUCCGAACAACAAAAGUCCAAAGAAAGCUGAAAACUCUGUUGUUAUCGUUGCUUUGGAUGAUAACAACUCGUUAUCGGAAUCCUCUAGGAAUGCCCUUUUUGAACUAUUCAGAGCAAAGAAAACGACAAAGUUUGUUUGGUUGACAAAAGCUCAACAUGAAGUCCCAGCGAACGUCCAACUGGUCGUGAGCAAGCCAAAUUUUGCAAAUGCCAAACUAUUGAUUAGCAAUGGUGAUUAUUCUGAUAUGGUAGAAGCUUUACAUAAUGGAAUUCCAACACUCAUAUUAGGACAAAGUGAUUUGUUGGAAAAAAAUCUACAAGCCUUCGAAAAAAUAGAAGUUUCAAUUGUGGCUGAUAAUAAUUUAUUAAUUCAUUAUGAUACAAUUUUAUCAGCAAGAUAUGCGGUUAAUGUGCAAAGCAUUAAGGAUAUGCUAUCAAAGCAAUCAGAAGAUAUUGACCUUCUGAUUGCAAAAAGCUUGAAAAGCAAGAACUCAAAUAAUUCAUCUGUUAUAACAACAUUCUCCAUUGACAUUGCUAUUAUACUGUUCGUUCCACUCUACAUACUAUUCAUGUUCAUUAGAAAAUUGCUUUCAUUAUACUAUUGGUCUUGCUUUGAGAUGUCUUACAAAGAAAAGAUUAAGAAUGAUUAA